AUGGAGAAACUUGGGAGGAUCCCGCCGGGAGCCGCGGUGGGUGGUUCCGGGAGGGCAAACGGGAAGGUUUUUGGCAAAAACCCCCGGAAGGCACGGGGGAGCGGCGAGGCGGUGACAAGAGAGCUCAUGCGAAUUCCCGAAGCUGAAGGCGUCGGGCGCGGGCCGGGACCGCAUAUCCCUUUAUAUACCCCAUAUCCCAUAUAUACCCCAUAUAUAUCCCAUAUAUACCCUAUAUAUCAGGUAUCGGAUGGCAGUGCAGACGCUGUGCUCCCUAUGGCCAUGUUACGGCAGCGCUUCGAGAACCUACAGGAACUUGUGGGGCAUCAACUGUACGUGACCGUCACCGUCAUCACGGAGUCAGGCAGUGACAUGGUGGAGGCGCAGCGCAGCGGGAUCCACAUCGUGACGUCCCCGUACAGGAUCCACUUCACCCACACCCCGAAGUUCUUCAAACCCGGGAUGCCCUUCGACAUGACGGUUUACGUCACCAACCCCGAUGACUCCCCCGCCCCCCGUAUCCCCGUCAUGGCCGACAACUUCCAAGGGCUGGUGUCCACCCAAUGGGACGGCAAAGCCAAACUGGUCCUCAACAUGCCGGCCAAUAGGAACAGCGUUCCCAUCACCGUGAGGACAGCCCAGAAGGAUCUGCCCCCGGAGCGCCAGGCCUCGCAGCAGAUGGUGGCCGAGGCCUAUCGGAGCCAAGGCAACUCCGGCAACUACCUUCACCUGGCGGUGGGUUCAAGCCAGGUCCAACCAGGGGACAACCUCCCCAUCAACUUCCAUCUCAAGAGCAACAGGGACGACGUCCGUAAAUCCGUGUCCUACUUCACCUACCUGAUCUUAAGCAAGGGUCACAUUGUCCACGUGGGACGACAACCGAGGGAGGGUGACCAGAGCCUUGUCACCAUGUCCCUUCCCGUGACACCCAACCUCAUCCCGUCCUUCCGCAUCGUGGCCUACUACCACGUGAAGCCUGGAGAGAUCGUUGCGGACUCGGUUUGGGUCGACGUCAAGGACACCUGCAUGGGGAGCCUGGUGGUGAAGGGGGCAUCAGAGGCCGAUAACCGCGUCCUGGAGCCCAGGACCUCCAUGAAGCUUCGCAUCGAGGGCGACCACAAGGCCCACGUGGGGCUGGUGGCUGUGGAUAAGGCCGUGUACGUCCUCAGCAAGGACAAACUCACCCAGAAGAAGGUUUGGGAUACGGUGGAGGCCGGGGACAUCGGCUGCACCCCGGGCAGCGGGAGGGACCACGUCGGGGUCUUUGCUGACACUGGACUGAGUCUGACCAGCAACGUGAACAUCAGGACGGAGCAGAGAGGGGAUCUCCAUUGUCCCAAAGCUGCUGAACGACGACGUCGCUCCGUGAAGCUCAUCAAGCACAAGGGGACCAAAAUGUCCGAAUACAGCGACAAGAACCAACGUAAGUGCUGCGAGGACGGGAUGAAGGACAACCUGAUGGGCUACAGCUGUGAGAAAAGGGCCACGUACAUCAUGGAUGGGAGCUCCUGCGUCGAGGCCUUCCUCGAUUGCUGCCUCUACAUCAAAGGGAUCCGAGAGGAGGAGAGGGAGCUGCAAUACGAGCUGGCUCGAAGCAAGUUUUUCAUCCCCUCCAGCAUCUCCACGAAGACACUGCCCGUAUACCUGAAGGACUCCAUCACCACCUGGGAAGUCCUGGCUAUCAGCCUCUCUGAGAAGAAAGGUACAUUAAAUGUGGGUCUCUUCCCUUUGCAGCCUGAAGGGAUGAGGUUGGAGAAGACAGUGAAGAUAGUCGAGCUUGACCCAAAGAAUUUUGGAAACAAUGGAGUACAAGUAGUGAAGGUGGAAGCAGCAAACCUCUCUGACAUCGUCCCCAACACCGAGUCGGAGACCAAAGUCAGCAUUCAAGGUAACCCCGUGUCCAUCCUGGUAGAGAAAGCCAUCGAUGGGACCAAGCUGAAACACUUGAUUGUGACCCCAUCGGGCUGUGGGGAGCAGAACAUGAUUGGGAUGACGCCCACCGUCAUCGCCGUCCAUUACCUGGACAGCACAAUGCAGUGGGAGACCUUCGGGAUCCACCGCCGCACUGAGGCCAUCGAGUUGAUUAAAAAGGGUUACACACAACAACUCGCCUUCCGCAAAGAGGACGGCUCGUUCGCUGCCUUCAACAACCGCCCAUCCAGCACAUGGUUGACAGCCUACGUGGCCAAGGUCUUUGCCAUGGCCAUCAACAUGGUGGACAUCAAACCGGAGGUGAUUUGUGGGGCCAUCAAGUGGCUCAUCCUGGAGAAGCAGAAACCAGAUGGGCUGUUCCAAGAGGAUGCUCCCGUCAUCCAUAAGGAGAUGCUGGGUGGUUAUCACGGGGCUGAGCCCGAGGUUUCCCUGACGGCCUUCGUCCUCACCGCGCUGCAGGAAUCCCAAAAGAUCUGCAAGAACUACGUGAAAAGCCUGGAUGGGAGCAUCGCUAAAGCCUCCGAGUACCUGACCCGCAAGUACCAGGCCCUGGCCCGGCCCUACACGGUGGCUCUGAGCUCGUACGCUUUGGCUUUGACGGGGAAACUCAACAGUGAGAGGGAGCUGAUGAAGUUCUCCAAAGACGGUUCCCAUUGGGCCGAACGCGACGCCCACACGUACAACAUCGAGGGCACGUCGUACGCUCUGCUGGCUCUGCUGCAGAUGGAGAAGACGGAGCUGACGGGGCCCGUGGUCCGUUGGUUGGCCCAGCAGAACUACUUCGGUGGUGGCUAUGGGUCCACACAGGCCACCAUCCUGGUGUUCCAGGCCCUGGCUCAGUACCACGUGGCUGUUCCGCGGCAGCAGGAGCUCAACCUGGACGUGUCGGUGCUGCUGCCGCGUCGCGCCAACGCUGUCACGUAUCGCAUCGAGAACAGCAACGCGCUGGUGGCGCGGUCGGCAGAGACGAAGCUGAACGAGGACUUCACGGUGAAGGCGGAGGGGACGGGGAAGGGGACGAUGACGGUGGUGACGGUUUAUAACGCCAAAGUGCCCGACAGCGACAGCAAGUGCGACAACUUCGACCUCAGGGUCAACGUGGAGGACGUCAGGACCGGUCGGGAUAUGGAAGGCGUCUUCCGCUCCGUCAAGAUCACGAUCUGCACCAGGUGGGAAACAAUGGGGACA